GCUAUAUUUUGUGUAUUUCUAUUCGUCAAUACUCGGCCAAGUUUGAAGUUGUACAAGUGUCAAGUACUGAAGAAACCCACUCAUCAGCCAACAGACAGCAGUAGUGUUGCACUUUCAAUUCGCCCAUAUCUUUUUUACGUGCUGGUGCACUACUGUUUAGUGUUUUGCUGUUGUGUAGUGUAGUAGUGUACUUCACUAUAUAACAUCUACUUAUUGCGAUUUAAUACAAUUAAAACUGCUUACAUCUAACUAUCUAAGCGUAUUACAUGCUCAAAUUUGUAAUACUUACAAUUAUUUGUAAUAAUUUUGAUAAUAUCAUAUUAAAUACCUUCAUUCAGUUCAAAAUGGUUAAACAAGAAAAUAUUUUUUUGUUUGUGCCAAAUUUAAUUGGAUAUGCCAGAAUAAUUCUAGCAGUCGUUUCGGUUUUUUUUAUGCCAACCAAUUACAAAAUUGCAUGCAGUUGUUAUGUGAUAAGUGCAUUAUUGGAUGCUUUUGAUGGUCAUGCAGCUCGAGUAUUUAAUCAAAGUACUAAGUUUGGAGCUAUACUGGAUCAACUAACUGACCGCUGUGGAACAAUGGCUUUAUGUAUUGCACUGUCAAAUUUUUAUCCAAAAUAUAUGUUCUUGUUUCAACUUAGUUGUAUUAUUGAUAUUGCUUGUCACUGGAUCUAUUUGCACUCAUCAAUUUUGCAAGGUAAAACUAGCCAUAAAUUUGUAGAUAUGACUGGAAAUCCGAUAAUGAAAUGGUAUUAUACAUCAAAACCCGUACUAUUUUUCAUGUGUGCAGGAAAUGAAUUAUUUUUUGCUUCAUUAUACCUUUGUCAUUUUAUUACAGGACCAAUGAUUGCAGGUCAUGGCUUGUUUAAGUUAUUGUGCUGGAUUUCAAGUCCAAUAAUGAUUGUUAAAACAAUCAUUUCAAUAAUUCAUUGUUAUGUGGCCAGUAUAAAUUUGUCUAUCAUUGAUAUGAAUGAACGCCAAGAAAAACAAUAGAUUGUUAGGAUAUAAUAUAACUAUUUAUAUUAUGAAACAGAAAAAAAAAAUUAUGAUACAGUUUAAACUUUAAUACAAGAGUGUGUUAUAUUUUUAAGCAUUCCAUUAUCAUAAUACUACUCUAUUUAUUUGUUCCUUUUAUUGUAGAAGUUCAGAUAUAUGUACUUAUAAAUUAUUAAAAUGUUUGGUUUCUAGUCAUUAUUUUAAAUGUAUUAAUACUACAUUUAUAUAUUCUAAUUAUUAUUUUUUUAAAUUAAUUAUCAGUUUAAAUUUAUAUGUAUACUUAUUUUAUUUUAAAAUAGUAGUAUCUAUUCUAUUAACAACUAUUACAUAUUUUACUGAAAAUUAUUUCCAUUAUUAUUAAGUAUAUUUAGUUAAUGUCUGUUCUUGUUGUAAUUCAAUUGAAUAAAUAUACUAAUACAAUUUAAACAAAAA